GUAGCUCGCUGGUGGUCUCCCCGAACUCUUCACCCCACAUUGAGCGCCCGGUGACCGCUUCUGCCACUGCGCUGACUGACCAUGGAUCAGUGGUCGCAGUUGGUGGACGAUGGGCAGAAUCAAUUGGUCAGGCUUGCAGAGGAGCAACGCACCGCCAUGCGGCUCUUGGUGGAAGAGGUUUGUUGCAGGCUGAAAGAGGUACAGCCCAGCAAGGAUCAGACCUUGGGCGAAUGCCGAGUGGAAAUCGGGACCCGGAUGCCUGUGUGCCCCACAAGCAAACCGGUGCUUCUGAUGGAAAGCACCGAUUCCUCGCCGCCCUCACCGGGCUCGUCACGCUUGAACUUCAUUCAAAGCUUGGGAUCUUAUCCAGGUCCUCCGCCUGAAGGGGACGACUGCUCAGAAACCUCCAGUGUCACUGAUAUCUUUGAAGCGCCCCAGCUCCAGCAGCCACAUAAUACUGCGAAUUCUCAGCUGAACAACUCCGCUGGGGAAGUGGUGGGUUCUCCAAAUACCUUGCCGCCUUCGAUCCGUGGACUGAUCAGCGGCCUUAAGGAUGGCCGAUCUGGAGAUCGAUUCAUAAUGGACCACUUCUUGAGUGAAAAGGAUGAGUUCGGAGGAGUCUCAAGACACACACGCUUGAAGUACUUCCUUGAUUACGUGGCUGGUGGGCUAGUCCUGUUGAACUCCCUCGUGAUGCUGUUUGAGUUCCAGCUGGAGGGCAACGCCAAUGGUGAGAUGAUUGGCUACCAUGCCGGCUCGGCAGCAGCAUGGAACGACGCCGUUCAUAUUUUUAGGGCAUUGGAUGUGACAUUUGUCAUUGUCUUCACCAUCGAGUGGAUUGUACGAAUUUUCUUGGAUCGGAUGGAGUUUCUGACUGACUUCGCCAAUUGGUUCGACACUUUGUGCGUGAUCUCCGGCGUCAUCGACUUAAUCCUGCGUCUCUCUCUGGAAGAUACCAACGAAGCCUCAAGAAGUGUGGUGAUCCUUCGCUUGAUGCGUGCUUUAAAGUCCCUGCGAGCGAUUCGCAUGGUGCGCAGCUUGCGGUUCUUUCGCGGCUUGCGGGUUUUAGUGCGUGCAUGCCAAUGUUUCUUGCCAUCAUUGUGUUGGUCCAUGGUUUUGCUGGGGGUCUUUAUGACAAUGGGUGCCUUGAUGAUGGGCAAUCUCCUACAGGCCUUCAUUUUGGACGAAGCGCUGCCAGAGACUGAACGGUAUUUUCUAUGGGAGCGCUAUGGCACUGCCUACCGCGCAACGUACACGUUGUUCGAGAUUACAUUUGCAGGAAACUGGCCUGUCAAUGUGCGCCCGGUGUUGGAGAACGCGAGCCAAGCAUUUGUGGUGUUUUUUGUGCUCUACAUCACCGUGGUGGUUUUUGCAGUCAUCCGGGUCAUCAGUGCUGUCUUCCUGAAGGAUACUUUCGAUGCGGCGCAAAACGAUGCGGAACAGCUGGUGGUGGACAAGCUGAGGCUCAAGUCCCAAUACAUUGCCAAACUCGAGCGGAUCUUCCGGGCAAUCGAUGUGCAAGGGGAUGGCGUGGUCACAGAGGAGCGGUUGAUGCAGAUCUUGGCCAAUCCCAAAGUGGCGGCCUACUUUCAGACCUUGGACCUUGACGUGCAUGAAGGCCGGGCUUUGUUCCACUUGCUGGACAACGGGGACGGUGAGGUAACUUUGGACGAGUUCAUAGAUGGCAUUAUGCGAUGCAAAGGCCACGCAAGAGCCAUUGACCAGGUGGCUAUGCACGCGGACUUAAAACAGCUGAGCAGGAGGAUUGCAAAGCUCCACAAAGAGAUUCGGAAGUCUCCGGUCAAGACGUCGACGAGCAGUGGAAACCAUCGAAAACAAGCAGAGAAUCUCAAGAUCUUCCGAAUUGAUGCUUCGAUGACACUACAAUCUAUGGGACUCCGCUGAGGGUCGAAGAGCCCGGGCAUUGGCUCGAAAGCGGCCUUCAAUUCUGCCAGCGUUUCGCAGAAAGUCCCCAACCCGAAGAGCACUGUGUCGUU